AUGUUGUUGUACACAUUCUCUUCUGAUUCAGAAUGGAUGAUAAAGUCCAUCAUUACAACAUUCGAAAUUGCUGGAGAUUUAGUCCAAGAAGAAACCGGAGAUUUCGUGUUUUUGAUUUUAUCUAAAAAUACUGAAAAUCCCGAGAAAGGCGAUGAAUUACGUAAAUGUGCUGUCGUAGAAGCUUUAAAAGUCUUGGAUAAAGAUUUAAAAGAUUUAAACAAUAUCUCUUUGAGUUUGCUUACCUGGACUGUCAGAGUUCUGGGAGAAUUCAUGGACUAUUCAGAUGCGCAAUCCGGGAAAGUUAUCGAUACGUUCCGUGAAUUAUUAAAUAAGGAGCAUGUUACCCGUGGUCUUCAAAGUUCAAUAAUUACCGCUUUACUUAAAUAUGUGUCAAAGACAAAAGACUGUUCAGAAAAGAUUAUGGAAGCUGUCGCUAGGUGUAGAGAAUCUUCUUCUAGUGAUAUCAAACAAAAAAGUCGAGAAUUUGUUAUACUAGUAGAUGACUUAGUACUUUUGAACAAACUACUAGAACCUUCAUAUACUGAGGAAAUCACUAUUGACGAAACACUUUCAUUUCUUGAUGAAUUUGUUGAAACAGCUUUGAAAGACGGAGCCAAGCCUUAUAAUCCUAUACCGAUUGUUCGAAGCAAGGAAACAUCCGAAUCCGAAAAGAAACCGAUAGAAAUUCGAUAUAAAGCUUACGACAAACCAACAUUACCAUAUUAUCGGAACCAAACAUCAAUUUCUAAUUCAACUUUGAGUGAACCGAAAUAUGGAGACUCGGGACUUGCCACAUCACCAAUAGAUGAUGGCAUUUUAUCAAGUUGGAGCGGAAAUCCACCUGUAACUCCGGGUCAAUUGGCGUGGAUGAGCGUGUCACAAGAUACGCUUACGCCUGGAGAUUAUGGAGAUUAUGAAGAAUUCGAUGGAAGACAGUCAUUGAUGGCGUCUGUUGCGAGGGUAGUAACGUCACCAAGUUCGUUGAAAUGGUGUCGUACCGGAUACAAACCGAUUCAACAGCAAUCAUCACGCAUCGUUUCUACCUCUCCAACAUUAUCAGCCAUAUCUAGCGAAGAUCCAGUGAAUAGUUCGACGAGUAACGUUCAUCCGUUUUUGAGAACAUCAGUCAAGGCUGCACCUAUAACAUCAAUUACAGCAAAAAACGUUGUCACACAUGAAAAAGAUAGAUUAGCGUCGGCUUUAUUUAGUGGCGUUGGAGAAAACAAGGGAAUGAAUUCUUCAAUUUAUGGACAUUCCGAGGAUGUUAGUAGUAGCGGAAGUCUCCCCAAAUAUCAUCCCCGGAAAAGCAUGGGAGUUUCACAAAAUCAUGCAAAGACAGAAUCUACAUUCUUAGAAACAUAUAAUAAUAGGGGUUCUCUGCUUAUGAAUAAGAAUAUUCUACGACAUUUAAGCCCUUUCCAAAUGACCAUAAAUGAUUAUGAAAAAUUUUGGACUAAUUUGUCCAAUGAAAGACAAGAAGAAGUGGUAGGAGAAUUGGUUAUAAACAAUAUGGAAAUUAUAAAGCAAAGAUUGGAAGAUGGGAUAAAUGAACUAAACGUUGGAAUUGGAAGCAGAAGGGGAAGUUGGAAAGUUAUUGAAGUUAUUGACCGAGAAGCUAUUGCGGCAUCUCAGUAUAAUCAUCCUAGUCAGAUCAGUAGUUCCACAUUAUCUCUGAGCGGAAAUAUAGUGUUAUUGCAUUUUAAAAUUCAACCUUUACAUUGUUUAUUUACCGUUAGAAGUAACAUUGGAGGAAUUAUUGAUGAUGUUACGGAGGAGAUGAAAUCAUAUUUUAUGUGGCAAGAAGUUUCUGACAAUAAACGGAAAGAUCAUCACGAAAAGUUUAUAACAAAGCGCCAUCUGUUUGUAUUUACAAUGUAUUUUGUACCAAUGGUUAUGCUCGCUUUGCCUUGUCAAUCUUGGAUCUUUGGCAUACACAUGCUUAUAUUCGCAAUACACACGGAACACGAACGAUUCACGUCUAUUACUUCUGAAGUCAGUGGCAAAGAUAUUUUGAACAAAGAAUGGAUAGUAGAAUUGACCCCAGAACAUGCAGCAAUAUUCGACAAAUUUAAACAUGAUGCGGUAUGCUAUGGAUUGCCGUAUGGAUAUUUCGGGAUAGUGUGCUGGGCCUCGACCCUUGUAUCCAUGAUCUUAACAUACGUGAAUUGUCCUCUGUUCUCACCAACAAAGUGGUGUAAACCUUACAAAAGACAAAAACCAUCAAUUAUGGCUCUCUCGGCUGUCAUGACAAUAGGACCGGUUAUCUAUACAUGCAUCCGUUGUAAGGGAGAAUGGAUGUCAGUAUUUAUGGCUUUUGGACAGCUCACACCAUGGAGUCUCAAGUUAAUUAACGAUUGUUAUGUUACCAAGAAAGGAGAUGAAACGGAGUCGAAUUACCGCAUCAUCGGAUUCUUUAUGACAGUCUUACUUUACCUUGCCGGUUGGAUAGGGUUUGAAAUAGCGCUUCUUAAACCAUCAGAUCGAAACAAUUCGUUAACCAUAGCGAUCACGGUGAUAGUUUUGGUAUUAUCACUGUUAUGUUACACGGCAUGUUGGUCAUGGAUAUCCAAAUGUUUACAUAAUUGCUGUUCUUUUGUGUUAUUAUACCUUUUAAUGACUUCACAUAUCGUAGGAUCACAUCUAGUUCUUGCUAUAAUUAACAAAAAUAUGAUGGGAAUUGCUCCCGAUUGGUAUGGGCAAUUAUCAGCCAUUAUUUUCUUUAUAGGAAAACGUCUGCUGUUUUUAGAUUUUUAG